AUGUUGUAUCCCACAGUGGCUUUUCCAUGCCCUGGGAAGCCUGAGCUGUACAAACCCAUCUUGGUGAGACAGCCCUCAGAUCACAACGGCUCUGCAGCUGAGGUGGAGGCCAGCAUGACAGUUUCUCCACCAGCCUCCUACUCUCAUGAGCUGGCUGGAUGUACUAUGACACACCUGUGUCCCAUAGAAGAGGCCACAAUCUCCAAUGGCCACACAUCCCCUUCACCUGUCCAGGAUCCUCUGGACCAGCCAACCUCCCUGUGGCCUCUGCUCUGCUUGUCCACAGCUUAUCUCCCAGGAACCCAGACUCCUCUCCACCUGACAUUGCAAUCUGAGCUUCUGCACACUCACCUGGUCCAGAGGAUCCUGGACAGGGGCUGCACUGAUGUGCACCCCGCCAACGUGUGCCUGGGCUCCCCCACCACCCUGCCCACGUUUGUUCUUUGUCUUUUCUCCGUCGGAGAUUCUGCCAAUGCGGAGGGAGCGACAACCACUCAUGGUCUUACAAACGGCGUUACUGAAAACACCCGCUGUGGGUCUCGGGCUCCUACGAGAAAGAAGAACAUUCUUGCCAUGGAAAGGGGAAAUGUGAGCUUUCCCAACACUUUUGUCCUGCUGGGCUUCUCAGAGUUUCCCUGGCUGGAGAGGCCCCUCUUUGCAGUGGUCCUGAUCUCCUACCUCCUCACCCUGAUGGGGAACAGCUCCAUCAUCCUCCUCUCCCUGGUGGACCCCAGACUCCAGACACCCAUGUACUUCUUCCUGGACAACCUCUCUCUGCUGGACCUCAGUGUGACCUGUGCCAUUGUGCCCCAGCUGCUGUCCAACCUCUGGGGACCAGACAAGACCAUUACUGCCUGGGGCUGCAUCACCCAGGUCAGUAUUUUCAGCUGCACUAUCUGCACUGAAUGCGUCCUGCUGGGCAUGAUGGCCAUUGAUCGCUAUGUGGCCAUCUGUCUUCCCCUCCGCUACACUGUCAUCAUGCGUCCCUGGGUCUGUGUGCAGAUGGCAGCUGUAUGCUGGUCCAGUGGCCUGGCCAAUGCUCUGCUCCAGGCCACACUCACCCUCCAGGUUUCGCUCUGUGGUCACCACAUCCUGAACCACUUCUUCUGUGAGAUACCUGUGCUCAUCAAGCUGGCCUGCGGGGACACCUCUGCUAAUGAGCUGGCCCUCACAUUGUUGUUAAUCCCAUUUGGCAUGGUGCCUGUUCUCCUGGUGAUCAUCUCCUACACCUUCAUCUCCAGGGCUGUACUGAAGCUGCCUUCUGCUGAAGGAAGGCGCAAGGCCUUCAGCACCUGCAGUUCCCACUUGCUCGUGGUCACCAUGUACUUUGGACCAGGCACAUACUUGUACCUUCAGCCUUCAUCCAACAGUUCUCAGGCCAAGUCCAUGUCCUUUUUCUAUUGUGUUAUCACCCCACUGCUCAACCCACUCAUCUACACCCUGAGAAACAAGGAUGUGCAGAAAGCAUGGAAGAGGAUCCUGCAAUCCCAGGGCAGGGUGAAUAUUUUAAAAGCCGGAAGAUCUCUGCCCGUCUCUUGA